ACAUAUAUAUAACUAUAAUAGAGUACAGCACAUUAUCACUGUUAUGACUAUACCUACUCAUAUAGUACGCGCAACUGAUAUCUAUAUAAUUUUGUACCUUAUUUUCGUUAAUUAUUCUACUUAAUUGAUUGCAUAAUACCUCUUACCGCCACAGUUAUUUCGAUAACAAAAGUGAGCCACAGACUUACGCACACUUACAAAGAUGUAUAGAUAUCUGGCACAGCGAGUAAUCCCUGCAUGUACUGAUUAUAAAUGACUCAUCAUGACCUAUUAUCGGCUGUAUAUAUUCGCAACGACUAUUCGCCUAUGCAAAUUAACAUCACGCUCAAAUUUGCAUAUUAUAACAUUUGUAAAUUUUCGACAAAUAAAAAGUUUUGGCGUUUUUUAAAGCAUUAACGGUUGCUUUUCAAAACAUUAAAAUUUAAUAACUCGUUUAAGAUUGCAUCCAAGCCAUUAAAAAAAGUUCGAGGAUAAAAUAGUGUCCAAGUACAUUUAGCCAAUUUCAAAAAUAUGGUAAACCUAUUUCGGAUUCAAAGCUACAGUGAUUGAUUUUGUAAGCACGGUUGUUCAGAAAUUGUUUUGAUUGUGAUUCAUUUGUCAUCAGUAUAAAUAUGGCUUGAUAGGUAUUACAACAUUUAUAUUUGAAUACUAAAUUAAAAAUGGUCUAAUGCAAAACUACUGGAGUGAACUUACGUCAAGAAGAUUUUGAUAUGGAUGAUGAAAACGAUGAUUAUUUGGAAGAUGAUCGAGAUCUUGACGAUCAAGAUGAAAGCGAUGAAGAUACAGAAGAGGCUAGUGAAACUGACAUGGGCAAGUCAGAAAAAUACACAGAAAUUAAAGAACAAAUCUACCAAGAUAAACUUUCAAGUUAUAAGAAGCAAUUACAACAAUUAAAAGAUGGUACACAUCCUGAAUAUAAUCGCAAAGUUAAGCGUUUAGAAGCACAGUACAGAGAACGUCUGCGCUUGAAUAUUAUUUACAAAGAUUACUUGACUGAAUGUGUAGAAAGAGAUUAUAUAUUGGAUAAAAAAGCAGCAGUAAAAGAAUUUGAAGAAAAGAAAAGUGAUUUAAAAGAAAAUCUUAUAGCUGAUAUAGAAGAAAAGCGUAAGCUUAUAGAAUCAGAUCGCUAUUCAAUGGAAUUAACUGGAGAUUCAACUGAGGUAAAACCUGUAAUGACAAGAAAAUUGCGUCGUAGGCCAAAUGAUCCAGUUCCUGAAAAAGUUGAAAAACGACGAAAGCCACCUCCAGCGCAAUUAAAUUAUUUACUUGAUGAAAAAGAAAUUGAAAAUGAUUUGAAAGCUAUUAGUAGAGGAAAAGUAUUAACAACAGUUAGAAAAUCAGUUGUUAUGCAACAUUAUACUACAGCAAAUAUUGGGAAUCAGCACAUUUCUAUUCCUAAUGACACAGCUUUGGUGGAAACAAGAAUAGAAGAUGGGAAGUUACUAUAUGAAAGAAGAUGGUUUCAUCGUGGACAGCCAGUUUAUGUAGAAGGAAAAGAUAUAGUGAGAUUUGCAGCAAAUAUAUCUGCUAUUGGGACGGAGGCUAUUUGGGUGAAAAAAGUUUCAGAUAAUACGAAAGUUCGCAUUUAUGUAACUCAGUUAUCUCGUGGCAAAAUGUUUUUGAAACGUAGAGCGUCUUAAUUCCAAAGUGACCUUCGACUUUUAGUAAAAAAAUAAUAUUAUUUUUAAUUAUAAGAAAUGAUAUGUAAGUAGUUAAUUUAAUAUGUAUCAAUAGUUUUGAUAAUGGUAUAUUAAGCAAAAA